GAGAAAAUUACCAAUGAUGGAGGAGUGUUGAAGAAAAUCCUUGCUGCUGGGUCUGGCAGCGUUCCACCGAAGCACUCAGUGGUACUAGUGACCUAUGAGGGCAAGCUGGAAUCGGGCGAGGUGUUCGAUGCCAGCCAAGGCUACCCCUUCAAGUUCACCCUCGGCAAAGGCGAGGUUAUUCAGGGCUGGGACAGGGCCUUCGCCACCAUGAAGAAGGGCGAGAAGGCCAUUCUCACCAUCAAGGCCAAGUAUGCCUACGGCAAGGAGGGAUCGCCGCCUGAGAUUCCGCCCAACGCGACUCUCAUCUUCGAGGUGGAGCUGGUGAGCUUCGAGCCGCCCAAGAAGGCCAUCAACCCCGACUACGAACGCCUGCAAGCGCUCCGAAAGGCGCGCGAGGAGGAUGCCUAA